AUGGCGCCCUUCUUCAAAUUCUGGACAGCCAUCAGCGUCCUUUACCCCUUUUGCUUCGCAGCACCCGCCAAACCCCCAGGUACCAGCUGCACCUGGAUUGCCAGCACUCACCCACGAGAACCUAUCCGCCUCUCAGGGGAGUCAAGCUGGCCCCGCUAUCCCACAUGCGGAGGGGACAGGAGUGUCCAUGGAAUCCCAAAUUCUUCUCCAGAGCCGGUUGCGGUUGGAGAUGAUCAAGGAGAGGACAGCAUCCCGGCGCUCUACCCUCAGGCGGACACCGCCGAGAGGGACAGGCGACUCGGUCGAGGAGGUGAUGGAGAGAAUGGCCCGGCCCUCAUAAUCUCGACGCCGAAGAUGUCAACACUGAGAGGAGGGCCCCGAUGUCGGGCCCCCGAUCUAGCCGUCGCCAAUGGACUGCGAUCUCCCACCCCGAGAACCCUUGAGGGAUUGCAAUCUGGAGUCAUUGAUGGAUUGCGAUCCCCCACCCCAGAAACCGCCGAGGGAUUGCGAGUAGAUAUGGGGCUGGGAUUCAGAAGCAACCUACGACCUGACAAAACCUCUGACGCCGACGGUGAUGGAGGAGUGGGAUUGGAUUUGGGAUUAAGCUUCCCGGGGAGCCGAAGAACUGACAGAAUUGCCGACCCAGCCACCGGGCCCGUCGUGGUGAAUUACGACGACAUGUUUGGAGACAAGACCGCGAUGGUGAACACGGAAGCCGAAGGCGGCGCUGGAGGGCUCGAUGUUCACCACACCGAUUCGGGUGGCAUCCAGAUCAUUUGUCAAGGAAUAAGUGUCUGCAACCCAGUCACAAUUGUGAAUGGAAAGGGCGGUAAAAGGAUCGAUCUGGCUAAAUGGGGAAAGGCGGUCGAGAUGUCACAGGUCAAGGACGCAAAGGAAAAAAGUCGAUGGAGGUUUCCUUUUCGAUCUCGGCACCCUUCAAGCUGUCAGUGUCCAGGUAAAAGGGCCAGUGUUGAUAAUGUUUGA